AUGGAAACUGCCGUGGAUUACCUUCUGUCAGCACCCAAGGUUGUUAGAGAGCUGCAGCCGAUGCACUGGAUGUUCCUUGAUGCGCCUCCAGAUGGGACAGUCAUGCUCGCCUGGCAACCUCUAAAUCACCUAGGCACAAAUUUCGCGAGUGAUGGCUACGUGUGGGGAGAUGCAGAGCAGGUCUACACGACUGAGGCGCGGGGAUAUACUGUUGAAAUGUGGCUCCAUCGCUGCGGCUACCAUCCACCUCAUGAAAGCGUCGCUACCCAUGCUCGAAGACGAUUUCGACUGACCCCUUCGAAAACGCCAAACCCGAACUUUCCUCCACCUGACCCGUCUCUUUGGAUUAUUCACUACUCCAAGGCGCCCUCUAUUGAUCAGAUCCCGGUUACUCAUAUUGCUGUUCCUCCAGCAAUCCAUAACGUUCUCGCUCAACGCCGGUUCCUUCAGAGCCAAGGCCAGCUGGCACGAAAGGAAUUUAUGCUCCAUGACCGCAACAGUUGGCCCAGUAUCAACCUUCCACCUCAAGUAGGGCAACAGCCGUAUGCGCAACCCAAUCACUACGCCCAACAAUACAUGACGCGCCCACCUCAAGCUCCAUUCUUCCAACCCCCUCCAGCUGCACCCAUGCAGGUUGCGUCGGCUAAAGUUCCUCGGGGGCACAGGGCCAGUGGAUCCACUGCUAUUGCGGCCGGGGCGCUUCCAGACUUCUCUUUAGAAGACGAGGAGGUAUCAACAGGAGAUUUUCUUGAUAAUAUCACGCCACGAGAGAUUAGUCGUUUAAGAUAUCGCCAUAACCACGAAUGGAUGGAAGAAAUAUUUGAUUCGCCUUACCGGAUAAGUCAGAUUUUACCAGUGGGGCUGGGUCUUGGCCGAAAGGGUGAAUUAGAAUCUCUUACAAAGGGAUAUUUGGAAGCGCCGACUGGGCCUUCACCUCCUAGCGCAGAGGCCGAUGCUGCAAUUGGAAAAUUGGAACCCGAAAAACUAGAGGAGUUUACUAGUGCCGUUACCAAGAAGGUGGCUGAUGUGACCGCUGAAAUAGAGACACUCAAAAAACGGCAUGCGAAACGACUUGAAAAAAUCAAACACCUAUCCGCUUUGAAAGAAGGAGAAAUACAGCUACGCGACGCUUAUGUUGACCCAUCCAAUGCAGGCACAGAGUUUUGGCGGAUUGAAGACCGGUUAAGACCCAUUAUUGUCAAAGAAGAUGGAAUGCAGGUUGAAUAUCAUGAGGCCAAGCCAAAGACCAAAGUUUCUGAUAUUGCUACGGAAGUCCAAAAAGCUUGGGGUGAACCAAUCGUCCCUUUGAAGGAAGUUAUUUGUGUGGACAAAGGCGGAUUCCAGGAGCCGGCUCAAGAGCCCCCAAAAAUGACGCCUCAUGCUGCAGAUACGGCGAUGGAAAACACAGACAUGUCGAAGAUGACUACGUCGCCUGCAGCAGUACCUCAAUUCGUAGCGGGGACGCAAGGAGGGCCAGCGCCAGCAGGAUCAAUGCCAGGCGCCGGCAACGCACCACAGGGCGGCGUCCAACCCAGUGCUCAAACGGGCGGAGACAUUGACAUGGGCGGCGUGGAUGACGGUCAGGCGCGCCAAACAGCUGAUCAGCUAGGAGAAGAUUGGGUCAUCGUGAAUAACAAAGAUGCAAAGGCGUCAAAGGGUGUUAGCCCGAAAGUCAACCCAGCUCGAGCCGGCGGACAGUCAGCGCCCACAGGCACUCCCGGGAAAGGAAUAGAGGGCUCUACGCCUGGAAAUAACGCCAGCCUUGAGGCGCCCGAAGUCCUAGAAACGAGCAAUUUUGAAGACGCGGCGAGCUUUAGCCAUAUUGAUUCGGCUGGCGAAGCGCUGGCGGCCUAUGAUGAGAACAGCGGGCUGGAUUUGGGAGGGCUGGACAAUUCGGCGUUUGGCGACGCGUUCCAUGCGUCCGAGGGAGAGCAUCAGCAUCACGACACUGAAGACAUUUCGUAA